UCAAAAUUUUAUCGUCCAAUACAACAACCAAUUCCAUAUCAGAACAUCUUAGAAUCUCUCAAUGAAAACCUGAUGACAACAAAUGCUCAAUUUAAAACCAUACUGUCACCUUCCUCCAAAAUUAAUUCCAUUGAGACUAUUGAAUCAAAAGUUGGACCAGUACCUAGAGGUUCCCUUCUUUCUUAUCAGCAAAAGAAAAUUGACGACAGUACUGAAACAAUUAUAAACAAUCCUGCUUUUCCUACCUAUCCUGGUUACACUUUACCUACACUUGAUCAAAAUUUCAAUACAGUUCUAAAUCUGGGUGAACAAAAUUUUUAUGAAGGACUUACUGUAUCUAAAACCGAUUCUGAAGACAUUGAACAAAAUACAAUUGAACAGUCUAAAAGUCCCUACUGGAAUUCAGCAAGAAAACACAGAAUUACUUCAUCUAAAUUCAAAAGAGUUUGUUCACGGAAAAAAGAUUUUGAAACUUUGGUUGACGCAUUAUUCAAUAACAGCUAUAAACUAAAAUCCUCCCAUGAAUAUUAUUAUCAGAUAAUGGGUCAAAUGGGUUUGGCCGGUGCUCUGUGGUGUGAUUUGUUCAUAUGGUGUCGAGACGACUACCAUCUAGAAAGAAUUAACUUUGUACCUGGAAAGUGGCAGGAAAUGAAACAAAAACCUGACAUGUUUUACUUCCAUUACUAUUUACCAACAUGUGUUCAGUACUGAAUAUAAUAUCUAUAAUGGAUUAUAAGAAAAAAAAAACAGUACAUGUGAGUACAUGCAUGCUGU